AAAGCCUUGAAAAUUCAUCUGUAUCUACCUGUCUGGAGGGUCCAUACGUCAACAUGGAGGAUUCAGAGGUCAACACAGAAGGAAGAAAGAGACAAUUGACAGAAAAAGGGACAGAGCACUUACACAGUAAGAUUAGUCCAAUUACGACCAAGUUAGACAAGUUAAGUGCCCACAUAGAUACUGAACUUAUGAACUUUAGCUGUUGUGACUUAAAGGAGAUUGAAGAGAUUCAAAUUAUUAAGGACAGUAUCUGUACAUUAUGGAGCAAAUAUCAAGAAGUUUUCACAGAACUUAGUGGUGUCCUGAAGAGGAACCCUAGUGAUUUUAGCGAUGAAGAAAGAAUGAUAGCCCAGGGCAAAUUUGCGUCAACACAGACUAAAGUGGACAUGGUUAUGGCAAAGAUAGACAAAUUUUUAUUUGCUCAAAUAAAAAGGCCUGGUUCAAUCAAAAGUGAAAGGUCGAUGCUAUCUACCCAGUCCCUCCUAGCCCAACAAAAGGCCAAACUAGAGGCAGCCAGAGUGAGGCUAGAUUAUGCCCAAAGAGAAGCGGAAUUUAAAAGCGUCCAGGCUGAAAUGGAAAAGGCCAGUCAGGAAAUGAAAACCAAAGUCAAGAUCUUAGAGACAGAGAAAGAGCUGGCAGUCGCUGAGGCAGAGUAUCAAGCUGUCAAGGAGAUGAGUGAAGAAGACGAUGAUAAGGCGUCCAGUGUCUCUUUACAGAGAACCCGUACACAACGUACGAGAGCAUAUGUGGAGACUGGCCCUCACACGGGUAACAAUAUUCUCUCCCAAGCAGCUACGUUUCCUGCCACCAAGUUUGUUCCUAGUCGCAGUGAGAUCCGUGCUCAGGAACCUAAUACCAGUACUGGGAACCCCUCUACAGAAAGAAUGUAUUUAGCCACAGAAUUUUCCAAGCACCUUCUCAGAAAGGAUUUGCUUAUGACUAGAUUCAUGAAUUUCAAUGACGAGCCGCAAGACUACCCAGCAUGGAAAGAAAAUUUUAAGUCGAUAAUUCAAGAACUCGGUGCCAAUGACAGAGAACAGUUGGAUCUACUAGUGAAAUUUUUGGGACCUAAAUCAUCACAACAGGCUAGGAGUCUGCGAAAUGCAAGUGCUAAUGAUGCUUCCUUAGCAAUACGCAGGAUAUGGGAAAGACUUGAGGAAAGGUAUGGCCGUCCUGAACUAAUAGAUGCUGCUCUCAAGUCAAAGGUUGCCAGUUUCCCAAAGAUAAGUGGACCAAAUGAGUAUCCUAGACUGUACGAGCUGUUGGACAUCCUUCACGAGAUUGAAUUUAAGAAAGAAGACCCUGCAUAUAAAGAUUUGUUAUGUCAGUGGGAUACAUCUACAGGGGUCAAUUUAGUGCUGCAUAAACUGCCCUUCUUUCUUCAGAAUAAGUGGAUCGAUAGAGCAGCCAAAUAUAAAUCCACACACUCGGUCCCAUACCCACCCUUUGAAGACUUUGUAGUCUUUGUUAGAGAAAUGUCUAGUCGAUGCAAUGACCCGAGCUUCUCCUUUUCUUUCCCGGCUCCUGCCAUGGUCAAGAAACAACCUCCCAAAUCCAAGGUGUCAACAUUCAAGACGGAAGUUGCCAAUCCACCCUUAGAAAGGGGAAGGAACCUGUGUCCACUUCAUAAUGUGGGUCACUCUCUGAAUACAUGCAGAGCCUUUCGCAAGAAAUCCAUUGAUGAGCGUAAGAAGAUAUUAAAGGAGAAUCACAUCUGUUAUCGUUGCUGUGAGACCAACAUGCACCUUUUCCGUGACUGCAAAAACGAAGUUAAAUGCCAGGUAUGCGGCAGGACGAACCAUGCCACAGCCAUGCACAUCGAAAUCACAAGGUUGCAAGGUGACAGUGGGGAGACACCUAGUCCCAACGAAGACAGCAUUACUACGAAAUGCACCACACUCUGUGGAGAAGGUUUUUCAGGCAGAUCUUGUGCCAAGACCAUUUUGGUAAAUGUAUUUCCAGCGGGACAACCAGAGAAGUCCAUAAGGGUAUACGCAGUCCAUGAUGACCAAAGCAACAGAACUCUUGGUAACUCAUCAUUGUUUGAUAAACUUCAGUUGGCCAGUGAGCAACGCCAUUACACUGUGUCUUCAUGUUCUGGGACAUCGAGGAUAACAACUAGAUAUGCAACCAAUUUAAUAGUUCAGUCUGUUGACAAAUCUUGUGAAAUCAAGGUGCCUAACAUCAUAGAGUGCAGCGUGCCAAAUGAGAGAUCCGAGAUUCCUACCCCUGAAGUCACCAGUCACUUUGAACACCUGGCUCCUUUAGCGAACUCCAUUCCUCCAUUGGAUACUACAGCUCAGAUUGGUCUUUUGAUCGGCAGGGAUGUCCUUGAAGCUCAUCAUGUACAACAACAGAUAGUUGGUCCACGUAAUUCACCUUUUGCUCAGAAGUUGCCUUUGGGGUGGGUAGUCGUAGGUGAAGUAUGUUUGGGACAGUUCCACAGACCAGAUCUAACUGUGGUCAACGCUUACAAAACACAUUUCACAAGAGGUGGACGUCCAACAAUCAUGAGCCCAUGUACUAGUGGCAUGAUUAUCAAAGAUUCAGUUGCUCCUGAAGAUAACAUUUUCAAGACUACAAGGCUAGAUGAGCGUGUUGGUAUGUCGCAGGAUGAUGUUGCCUUCCUGACCGUAAUGGAAAAUUCUAUGGUCAAGGAUGCAGAUGGACACUUGAAGGCUCCUUUGCCUUUCAAACAUCCGAGACCUACUCUUCCCAAUAACCGACCUCAAGCGUUGAGGAGGGCAAGACUUCUAGCAACCUCAUUGAAGAAAAACACCCAAAAAGAAAAGGACAUGGUGGAGUUCAUGGGUCAGAUUAUUGAAUCUAGAGCUGCAGAAGAGGCGCCGAAGCUUGCACCUGAAACGGAAUUUUGGUUCUUACCGCUCUUUGGAGUUUAUCAUCCAAGAAAGCCGAACAAAAUUAGAGGGGUCUUUGAUUCUUCAGCAGAAUAUGAAGGGCUUUCAUUGAACAGCGUUUUACUUUCUGGGCCAAACCUCACGAAUAGCUUAUUGGGGGUGUUGUUACGGUUCAGAAGAAACAAGGUUGCAAUUACAACAGACAUUCAUCAAAUGUUUUAUUCAUUCCGGGUGAAUGAAGAGCAUCGAAACUUCUUACGUUUCUUCUGGUUCAGGAAUAAUGACCCUAGAGAAGAUAUGAUAGAGUACCGCAUGAGAGUGCACGUUUUUGGUAAUACACCUUCACCAGCAGUGGCCACCUAUGGGCUCCGAAAGGCAGUUGAAGAUGCGGAAGAUGAUGUACGGAACUUUGUACACAGAGAUUUCUAUGUUGAUGAUGGACUUGCCUCGUGUCCAACUGAGUCGGAAGCCAUUAGCCUUGUAAAGAGGACCCAGGCGACGUUACAAAACAAUGCCAAGAUAAAGCUGCACAAGAUCGCAUCGAAUUCUCCAGCAGUCAUGAAAGCCUUUAAAGCAGAAGACCUUGACAAAUCCCUGAGAUCUAUAGAUUUGUUUGAAGAGGAGUUACCGCAGCAAGCCAGCCUAGGUCUUGUCUGGGAAUUAAAGGACGAUGCGUUCAUCUUCAAGCUCAACAUGCCAGAGAGACCACCUACGAGAAGGGGAAUUCUAUCAGCAAUCAGCAGCAUAUUUGAUCCCCUAGGUUUCCUCACUCCUAUCACUACAGGUGGUCGAAUUCUUCUUCGUGAGAUUACGGAGAGUGGAGUAGAGUGGGACCAGCCACUAGUUGAAGAUUUGAAGACGAAGUGGGAGGCUUGGAAAAGCUCAUUGAAUUUGGUAGUAGAUCUACAAUUUCCACGCAUGUUUGUGCAUAACUCGUGGUGUGAAGCAGAUUAUCUCAAAGUCCACGUCUUUGCCGAUGCCUCUGAAAGUGCCAUAUCGGCAGUAGCCUUCGCUCAAGUAGUGUUUGGACAAGAGGUUCAGUCUGGUUUUUUGAUGGGGAAGUCAAAGCUUUCACCCCCAGGAGGAACAACGAUUCCUCGUCUAGAGUUAUGUGCUGCCGUCCUGGCCACAGACUUGGCAGAUACCGUCAGUGGGUUUUUGGAUGUAAAGCCAGAAGAUUUUGUGUACCACUCUGACAGCAAGGUUGUACUUGGGUAUUUGUACAAUCGAACAAAGCGCUUCUAUACAUACGUGUCCAAUAGGGUGCAGGCAGUGCUCAAGCGCUCUAAAGCCCACCAGUGGCAGUACAUUCCAUCCCAGAAGAAUCCAGCUGAUUGCGGUACCAGAGGUAAUUACCCAGUCAAGGAUUUUACGCACAGUCUUUGGAUCAAUGGGCCAGACUUGUUAAGAUGUGAAAACAUCAUCACUUCUCAAACCCAUGACUUAGUGAACCCUGCAAAUGACAAAGAAAUCAGACAAGAAAUCUCUGUUGCGAAAAUAGCCGUCACCUAUGAUUUACAAUCAAAAUUCGAGAAGUUCUCAACCUGGCCGUCGCUGAUUAGAGCAUUUUCUGCAUUGAAGAGACGUUGUAGCAAGCGUCCAGAAUACAAGGAGAGCCCUAAUCUGAAAACUAUUGAAGAAACUGUGAAAACUGAGAACUUACUCAUCAAGGUUUCGCAGGAUGCUUGUUUCCCAAACGAAAUGUCGGCGCUGCGAGAAGGUCAGCCUCUUUCCCAUAGGAGCUCGAUUCUUGCUUUGAGUCCCUUUCUAGAUCAAGAAGGGAUUAUGCGAGUAGGGGGGCGCCUGAACCAAGCACCUGUUGCCUUUGACGAGAAACAUCCAGUCAUUAUCGAUGGAAAAUCGCACUUUGCCAAGUUGCUGGUAGCACAUUUCCACAGAGAAGUUUUCCAUCAAGGAAGACUAAUAACAGAAACAGCCAUUAGAAAAAGGUUUUGGAUAACAGGAGUCAAGAGGAUCAUUUCCUCCAUGAUAUACAAGUGUGUUCCUUGUAGGAAAUUGAGAGGUCGAGUAAUGAAUCAACAAAUGGCAGACCUCCCAAAGGACCGACUUACUUCUGGGCCCCCCUUUGCAAUUGUAGGAGUGGACGUCUUUGGACCAUGGUCAGUUGUGGCACGUAGAACCAGGGGUGGUAUGGCAGAAAGCAAACGGUGGGGAGUUCUGUUUACUUGUUUAUUUACAAGAGCCGUCCACAUCGAGUUGGUAGAGAGCAUGAGCAGUGACGCUUUCAUUAAUGCCAUGAGAAGAUUUGUUGCCAUAAGAGGUCCCGUCACCGAGUUCCGAUCUGACAGAGGGACUAACUUUGUAGGAGCAUUAGAAGAUGUUCAAGCACAAGGAAUUUUUGUGGAAGGCGGUCCUGUUCAAGAGUACCUAAUCAAACACAAGAUAAUCUGGAGAUUCAACCCUCCACAUGCUUCCCACAUGGGAGGGAUUUGGGAGCGCAUGAUAGGGAUAACCAGAAGGAUUUUAGAUGGCAUGUUUUUGAACCGAUGUCAGAAACUUACCCAUGAUGUGUUAUGUACCUUGAUGCAUGAAGUUAGUGCUAUUAUAAAUUCUCGCCCGAUCGGCCCAAUAUCCACAGAUCCAGAUUACCCUGAGGUUAUUACCCCUGCCAUGCUUCUUACCCAGAAGACGGAAGGGUUGCCUGCACUCACUGAUUCAGUCAACUUGCGAGAUAUAUACCGAUCUCAAUGGAAACAUGUCCAAGUUUUGGCCAACACAUUCUGGAAAAGAUGGAGACAAAGCUACCUGCAGAAUCUACAAUCAAGAUCCAAGUGGCAAAUCAAACAACCAGACUUGAAGGAGGGUGACAUUGUUUUGCUUCGUGACAUCAAUUGUAGCAGAAAUGAAUGGCCUAUGGGACUUGUAGUGAAAACAUUCCCGAGUAAAACUGACAAGGCAGUUCGUACAGUGGAAGUACGAGUAAAAGGAGGGAAAACAUUUGUGAGACCUUUAACUGAAUUGAUACUUCUUGUGGAUUAAUGAGAAUAGUGCUUGGGCAACAGACAUUUUCAACUGUAGUGUUAUUAGCUGGGUUCAUUAUAGUUUAUUAGUGAUGUUUACACAUCAAGUGGGGAGUGUGUUGCCCCCGACUUUGAUUCCUUGUUUUGAACUGUACCAGAUGGUUGAUAGAAAUUAAUCAGGUUAAAUUUCAUUUGUUUAUGUUUUUAGCUUACAUGUUUAUUUUAAAUUCACAGUGUGUGGUAUCUAGUGAGUAUUGCACGUAAUACAGAUUCAUUCUCAUUUUUUGUGCCACCUAGUCUUGAUAUUAGUUGUGUCCAGGAAUGCGGUGUUACUCACGAUCAGGCCAUUUUAUGUCACUGUUUCUUUCAAGUUACUUUUAUCUAUCAUUGAGGCUCCAAGGCUUUUUUACGGUGAUGUACAAUAAAGAUAGCUUACAUCAAUACCGUUGUCUGCUGUCAUUCCUCUGCGUCCAAUAGGAAGUGGCAGUACA